UUAAAAAAAAAAAUCCAUACUUUUCUCUCCAACAUUUUGCGUUGUAAAUCGGCCAGGCGGCCAGCCUCAGGAGAUUUGCCGGGAAGUUCCCCUGACAACUGACAAGUGACAAGAGCUGAUUUCGAUGUUUGCCAAAAAUUAAAAAUCGAUCUGUAAAUUGUUAUUUCUAAAAUAAUUUCUUUACGAUUUUUUUCUUUUUCUGUAAAAUAUCCGAGGGCGAUAUUUGGUGUGCCCAGUUCAUGCGCUGUUGGAAGUUGGAACUCGAUGUUCUCCGAAAACAAAAAGCGCGUUCCCUCAACCCCUUCUCUACACCAUUUUUUUUUCAUUUCCCUCCUCACUCGCGCCAAGCUUAGUUACCUCCAAAAAACAAUGAAAAAUUAAAAAAAAUAAAAAUGAGAUCGAAGGUUUGAGUUUCCUGACUUUGACUUUUCGUCUGUCUUUCUUCCCUUGGUCUUCUUCUUUCAGCUCCUGCUCCUUUCUUCACACCUUCAUUCCCUAAAAUCCAUCCUGAAUUCCUGACAUGAAUUAUUUUUAUUAUUACUGUUUUUAUCCUUGUCCCAUUCUGUAAAUUCGCUUAGGCGAUGUCCAAGUCUCCUGUCCUAUUAAUGCAUUCACAUGCGACGCUGGAAUUUUUUUUUUUCAAAUUUGAUCUCUUCUUCUUUCGUAAUUAACCCUGCAACUUCUUCUCCAAGUCGGAAUAAUGAUUUUCUUGUAUUUGUAAAAUCUCUCUUCUAAAUUUUACAAGAAGAAGAAGAAGAUGAAGAAGAACCCAUCAACUAGAGAUUAGGUUCAUAGAAUUAGGGGUUUUCUUCGGGAAGGGGAACAAGAUGUAUUUUCCAUCUUCUUCUUCUUCUUCUUCUUCUUCUUCUUCUUCUUCUUCUUCUUCUUCUUCUGUAAAUAAUAACGGUAUAGAUACCAGUGAUGUGACUUGGCGUAGUAGCAUCAACAUCCCCUUAAGAUUCCGCACUCCUCUUUCUCUUGUUCUCGAAUAUUCUGGCAUCAUGUCCUCAAACCCCGAUGUUUCUUCUCCUGCACCUGCACCUGCACCUGCACCUGCACCUGCACCUGGAGAUGGACCUUCAACAACUCAUUUGCGCCCUAGGUCUCAGCUUCAAUCUGGUUCUGGUCCUGGUGGUGCCUGCAGUGGUACUGGUGAAGUUCAAAUUCGCAUAAUUGGUACUGGGGACCAAGACAACAAUGGUGUGAUUGGUUCGGUUUCCUCUUCUUCGCAGCUGAGUCGUGUGUCUCGAUCGGGCCAUCAUGAGUGUAUCAUGGUCAACGGAUUCAUUCGCCAGCAUUUGCAAGGUUUCUUUCUCACAAUUUAUGUGUCAGCUGUGCUGCUUAAAUCAAAUGAGGUGGUUAAGGAACAGACAGCUCUAAAGGGAGAUCGGAAAGUCUCCGUUCUUGUUGGUAUCUCGGUUGCCUUCAUGCUGCACGUGAUAGCCAUUUACUGGUUUCAAAAUGAUGAUCUUUUAUACCCAAUUGCAAUGCUUCCUCCAAAAGAAACACCGCUUUUCUGGCAUGCAAUAUUCACCGUUUUGAUCAAUGAUACAUUGGUGCGGCAAGCAGCAAUGGCUUUCAAGCUUUUGGUGCUAAUUUUCUACAAAUGUCGCAGAGGCCCC